GCGGCGGCGGCGGCGGCGGCGUUGUAGGCUCCCAGAUGUGGCACCCGGAGGACUGGGCGGCGCCGGCCGACGAGGAGCUGCUGGACUUCCUGCUGCGGGGCGGCGACGCGGCAGGGGAGGCGGCGGGGGACCUGCUGGCCGACUGGAGCCUGCUGGAGCCGGAGGGCCUGGGGGAGGCGGCGGCGGAGGAGCUGCUGCGCUGCCUGCUGAGCCCCUUCGCCGACGAGCCCGGCGGCGCCCCGGAGCCCUCCCCGCCCACCAGCGACGGCAGCCUGCCCGACGAGCCCGGCGGCUCCGACAGCCCCCUCGGCGAGCCCGGACGCCUGGCGCCGGACCACACCUACUCCUUGCUCCCGCUGCUGUCGGAGGGCGACGUGGCCAUCGACCUGGAGACGUGGGGCCAGGCGGAGACCCCCGAGGAGUCCAGCGGCAGCCAUCGGGACUCCGGCCUGCCCGUGGUGGUGUCCGUGGAGGAGCCCCUUCCUGGGGUGGAGCAGCAGUUUGCCUUCCCUGAGCUGAUCCUGACCGAGGAGGAGAAGCGGCUCUUGGAGAAGGAGGGGGUGUCCAUCCCCUCCAACCUCCCCCUGACCAAGGCUGAGGAGCGGGUGCUGAAGAGAGUCCGUCGGAAGAUCCGCAACAAACAGUCCGCCCAGGACAGUCGCCGGAGGAAGAAGGUCUACAUGGACAGCCUGGAGAGCAGAGUGAUUGCCUGCACAGCCCAGAACAACGAGCUUCAACAAAAAGUGCAUUUGCUGCAGAAAGAGAACACGUCGUUGCUUACACAGCUGCAGAAGCUGCAAGCCCUGGUUCAGCAGUCAUCCACCAAGACAACCACGGCCAGCACUUGCGUCAUGGUCUUGCUGUUGUCUUUCUGCCUCAUUCUGGUGCCCAGCUUGUACCCCUUUGGAGGCCGGGAGCGCCAGCUGGAGCUCCAGGGAGUGCUGUCCCGGAGGCUGCGCGAGUAUCCAAGCGACGGGGGCCAGCCACAGGGCGAAGCUCUCCAACCUGCCAAAGCCGUCGGGGUCCCUCUUGGCCAUCUGCUGCGUCCUGAGGAGACGGUGCCCAGAGACGAUCCACAGGCCCCAGGGAGCGUCAAUCGGUCUCUGGACGGCAGCCAGCACUCCCCGGAGGAGCAGCCCGCCCCCACUGCCAACAGCAGCGACUCCUCUGGUUCCUCUUCCCAGCCAGCAGGGCUCUCGCCUCCAGAGAAGCCACUCCCAGGGGAGCACGCAGCUUUCCCGCCUGCCUCUGUCGACCAGAAGCAGGGCUGGGUGGACCGUACCACGAGCGUGGUCAUCCAGCCACGCCACUCCGACGAGAUGUGAGGCUGGAGGAGCAGAGAACUGUCUGCCAGCAGUGCGAGAUGCAGAGACAGGCCAGCGCCCUGCCUCCUGGGUACCGCCCUCGGGAACAGCGAGGAGGUCAACAUCUGAAGCAGCAGGACUGCCCCCCCCCAAAAGCCCUUCCCUCAGAGGGUGGCUCUUGGGAACGACUCCAGCGCUGGCUUGACGCUUAGCUGUGAGCUGGGAGGCUCCCAACCCGUCCGGAGGCAGGCGAGCUGGUGGUCAGUUUGCAAAGGCAGGCGAGCUGGUGGUCAGUUUGCAAAGAGUUUCCUCUUGCUCUUGUGCAGCAGAGGAAAAUCCACCAUGCUGCCACCUGGCCUCCUCCAUGAACAGGCGUGGCCCUGGUUGGAGCCAUCCCCUGAAAGCUGUCCCCUUUCUCCGGAGCUUUUCCUUUGCUCCGUAACUCGAGCCCAAAAGCUUGCUCUUUGCUGAACGCUGGCACCAGAAACGCUGGCAACACUUGGCCGCCUCUGCAAGAGGAUCCUCUUCCUUCCUCACAAGAGCCUGUGCAGCCUUAACCUCCCCGGGAAUAUCAGAGAGUCAGAAGCAUCGCCUGCAGCUGAUGCCGCAGCCCUGACCUCCCUCGGACAGGAAAGACUCUGGCAAAGGGCUCUCUGCCACCUGCACAAAGGGUUCUUGGGCCCCUGGAGGUCCUGCUUCCUUUCAUUGUCACAUGUCUCCAUUUCAAAAGCUGCCUUUGAACCCUUGCUCCUGUGGCUAGGCAGAGCAGCCUCUUCUGUCUGGGGUGCUAGAUGUAGCCUGAGGACCAGGCACUGCUGGCUCCGGGGAACUAUAGUGGGGGCGGGGGGGGGGGAGAAUGCUGCUGUCCAGGCUCUGCUCUCCUAUUUUUUUUGCUUUGCUUCCUCAAAUCUUGGGGAGUUAUGAGGCCUUGAGGCAGGGCAGUGGUGGGAAGAGGCAAAAAUCUACAUGUCAUAAAAUAAAGAGAGGCAAAA